AACGACGUGUACUUCCGAGCCUCGAUCACCAGACAGAUUUUCGAGCACCAGGAAACGUGCCGAGGCUUGAGGGUUUUCACGUGUGUGGCCCUGGGAGGCGAUGUUCGUCCGACACUGUUCGGAUCCUUUUCUUGGAGGCUCGAAAUUAGUUUUGCGGAUGUGGUCCGUAAGUACGAUGGGAGCAACAUAACCCUGAGGGGGGCCCAGCAGAAGAACUUCUGGAAUGAUGUGCUGUACCAGGCGUCGGCUAGACUCGAAGAAGAAAACACGCCACAAAAGCAUAUAAAAUUGGGGCGCUCCGCGCGGACCUCUUCGAUCCGUGCUGGGCCCCCCCACUGGCAGCGCCUCGGGCGCUGCCCCUGGCGCGCUCCGCGCGUCAGGGAGGGGGUCUGGCGCAGAUCCAGAAAAUCCGCGCAGAGCGCCACAAGUUCAUAUCAUAACGUUGUUUCCCCUUCUAUAGACACAAGAGUGACCCUUCGCCGGAGUGACCUUUCGUCCGGGCCCACCGGGGUCUCCCGAGGGCCGAAGGCGAGGCGGCAGUGGCGUCUUGUGCGCUUGUGUGUUGGCCCCCUCUCCGGCGGCCCCCAAGAAGCCGCGCACAAAAGGUCACUCUUACCUGGGGUCACUCUUGCGUGUAGCCGACAGGCGGGCUUUGGCAGUGAUGACAAGGAGCCCGUGUCCAUCCCCGACGCGCCCACAAAGGACGAUAUCAUGGAGGGCCUGAAGGAUUCCGUUGGCGGCGUGGACGAGGAGACAGCGGAGAAUCUCAAGGAGAACAUCCAGGAUAUGGCAGAUGAGGCCCAGGAGAGUGCGGGCGAUGCCAAGGAGACGAUCAAAGGCGCGGUCGAAAACAAGAUGGACGACGCGAAGUCCAGCAUGGAGAAAGUCAAGGGCAACCUCGAGGACGCCAAGAAGGGCGCCGAGUCCAGCGUGAGCAGCAUCAACAAAGACGUCGAAGCCAGCAUGCCCGACAUCCAGGGCAAGUUGGGCAGCGCGGCUGCCGCGUGCAAGGACGCCGGCGUGCCCUGCCCCGACGUGGAGAAGGCGCGGAGCAAGGUCGAGGAGGCGAAGGCGGGCGUCGCCGAUGCCAAGGAGAAGCUCGAGGGUGCCGUCGCGGACCACGCCGGUGCAGACAACAUCAAGGAGGUCGAGGGCAAGGUGGAGGACGCCAAAGAGGAAGCCGAGGAGGCCAAGGGCAAGCUGGACAGCGGCUUCAAGGGCGGCCUUGCUUCCACGGGCUCAUCGGAGGACAAGGUCAAGGAGGGCGUCGCCCAGGUCAAGAGCGAGCACGAUGCGGCCGGCAGCGCCGAGGAAGAACUGCUGGGUGCGAGGACGAAGCUCGGCAGCGCCAGCGACGACGUCAAGGGGAUGUCCGACAAGAUCGACGACGCGAAGAAAACGGUGGGCGACGCGGCGGGCGAGCUCAAGGGGAAGGUCGAGGACAAGAUGACAGACGCGAGCGACGCCCUGGAGAGCGCCAAGGGUCAGCUCGAGGACAAGCUCAAGAACACAGACGGCAAGGAGAGCGGGGAAGGACCUUCAGCUGUUCCAGACGCUGCCGCAGACGCGGUGGACACGGGCGACGCCCCGAUCGAUAAAGACAAAGCGAAGGAGGCGCUCAGAAACGUCGAGGACGCGCAGUCGAAGUUGGAGGGCGUGAAAGAGAAGGUUGACAAGAACGCGGAGGGCAUCAAAGAGAAGGUUGCGGGCAAGCUAGACGAAGCCAAGGGCAACGCGAAAGACGUCGGCGAGAGCCUGAUGGAUUCGCAGGGUGGCAUCAAGGGCGUAACCGACAAGCUCGCCGGCUGUAAGAAGACGCUCGAGGACGGGUUACAGAACAAUGUGGAUGAAGUGAAGGGCAACGUGGUGGAUACAGUGAAAGAGAAUGCGGGUGACAAGGUGGGUGAUACGGUAAAGGAGAAGUUGGACCAGAUCAAGCCCCCCCGAUGAGCGGAUUUGAGUUUCCGUCCGUCUGCUUCCUCCCCAGCGUUUUAUCUAUACCAGCAGAGGCCUAUAGGGGGAACUGGCCGAAAUACCAGUCGCCCCCUCCUUGGGCUGGGUCGACUGCUCAGCUGUAGGGGUGGUAGCGUGACUUCACUUCGCGAUCGGCCCUGCCCUACCCUAUCCUUCUCUCUCUCUCUCCUUCUUUCCCUCCCCCCUCUCUCUGUCCUGCCUUAUCCUUCUCUCUCUCUCUCUCCUUCUUUCCCUCUCUCUCUAUCUCUUGUGCUGAAGACUCAGACGCAGCACCGAACUGGGAUAGUUGAUUCAACCCACGGCGGGCACCAAAGCCUUCCCUCCGGCGCCAGUCGUGGGACCGCGGCUCGCCCACAGGUGACGGGCUCCAUUGUUUUUGUUGUCACUGCGGGUGUGCAGCUCCUGCCGCGUGACACCGCAGGAUUUCUGUCCAUCCCCGACUUUACUGCUUCAGAACAACUUCUCUGUAGCAUGCGCCUCCCGUCCCGUUGCGGCAGUAGAAGAGUCAUGGGUAGCGUGUGCGGUCUCGUGAUGAUGUGUGGAACGAGAGGGAGGCGGCAACCAGUUGGCAGGGGGACUCGUGCCCGUGGCCGCACAAAGUGGGACGCGGCCGUAGGCCGAGCGCGGGCUCCGCAGGACAGAGCAGUGUCAACCUCGCGCUCGCGCCCGGAUCAACAAAAAAGAGAGGCACAAUCCAACAUGCUGCGUCGUAGGAAGCGCG